UUGGAAGGUGGUUCCAUAUGCUGAUUGGUCUUUCAAGCGUCUUCUGAUCACGCAGGUUCUGGUGGAGAAUUCGGUCUCGGGAACACCGGCUAGCUACGUUAGCAAUGUUCAUGUCGUAGUAUACAAUUUGUUGUUGUGGUUGUUUGGUCGUUUUCGCAUCCUAUUUAUUAAAUCAUAAUAGUGGAAGGGAGCACCGACGUGUUGAAACAAUGGGAGAGGAACUAGACUCGACGAUAAAUACUAAAGAUGACCUAACUCAUACGGAAAAUGGAGAUGGGAAUGGGAUUCUGCCAUCUGAGGAUACAUCAGAGAGCAAUGUGAAAUAUUACACACUCGAGGAAAUUCAAGCUCACAACCUUAGCAAGGACACGUGGCUUAUCAUUCACGAUAAAGUGUAUGAUAUCACCAGUUUCCUCGAAGAGCACCCGGGUGGCGAGGAGGUGUUACUGGAACAGGCUGGGGCCGAUGCAUCAGAAAGCUUUGAAGAUGUUGGUCAUUCCACAGACGCCAGAGAGAUGCUGGAGCAGUAUUAUGUUGGAGAGCUCCACAUGAACGAUCGUAAAAAAGAAGCAAAGAAGGAGGUGUAUAUCACAACAUCAGGUGAUGGUGGCAGCUCAUGGACCACCUGGUUGAUUCCUGCGGUGGCAGCCGCCGUCGUUGGGGUCAUGUAUCGCUUUUACCUCAUGGAACACAAGUCCUCCUGAUCUCCUCGCUCCCUUCUUCCAUCUCCAGUUCCAGUAGACAUUUCUCUGUCUUUUGUCCAGAGGCCUUAAUAUAUUAGACUUGAUCUGCCUCUGAGGCCCAUGAAGUGCACAUGUGAUGGAAUUGUUGAUCUCCCCCCCCCCCCCCCCAAACAACAUGGUGCAUAGGAUUUUUUUCGAAGAUGGGACACGUUUGCACUUGUUGAGCAUUUUCCUGUCUUUUUAAGGCGUUUUCCUGAGAAAGCCAUGGCUAUUGUUGCGGUCAUUCUGUGUGUCCUCUGUGAUCUGUCGCCCUAUUCUUGUGUGCCCUGACUUACAUUCUACUAAUUUUUUUUUUAAUGUGUGACAUCCGAAAAACUCUGGUGUACAGAUGUUAAGCAUUCAAUGAUUUGGAUGAAUUGACUGAUGUGAAUCAGUGUAAAAGCAAGAACCAUAACCUAUUUUUUUAUAACAGUGUGAGAUUUCAUGAUGACAGAUGUGUUCAAGGUCUUCAGCUUUUAUAAUGCAUCGCUGCUAGGUGGCUAAUGAGGUUGGGAGGGGGGUAUGCUGUUGCUUCACUUACAAGUGUCACUCUUCUCAAACUAAAUGUAUUGUCAGAAGUGGAAACGAGGCCCAGUAAAUCAAGCGAUUGACUGACUGAUCUCUACUGAAGGUUGGUGCAUGCACCCUCUCAGGUGGUUAGCAUGCUGAUAGCUCAGAGACUUUUGCAGUAGUGUGUUUUCUAGGCAGGAUAUGCAAGGCUUUGAGGUGUACAUUCUUGGAUAAACUGUUUGUGAUGUGCUGUCUUCAUAUAAUAAUCUUUACUCCAACUUUUGUUUUCUACUUUUACAUGUGCAUAUAUGGAAGUAUAUACAACAAUCAUCUGUAAUUUAUUUUUUAGAACAUUUGUAAAGAAAUGUAUCUGGAUAGUCAAGCUAUUUCCAUGAUACUUGGAAUUAAGAAUAUAUAUAUACAUAUAGAGUAUGCCCAAAACUACACAUUUUCUUUUUCUAUGCACUCAUGUUAAAACAUAUGCACGUGUGGAUAACUAAUUUAAGUUUCUUAUUUUAGUUGCAACAACAUGCAUCAUAAAAUCGCAAUGGAAAAUUUAACUGCAAUUGUGAUUUAUUAAAUGUGAGGUACUGAG